CAAAAAGUUUCUGAGACAGCCCCUUUGAUACUGCACGUCCACAACAUCUCAAAGACACCGACCCAACCGACGAUUGAAGCGCAACCAGCAAUGACCGACUCUCCCGCCGUGCGCAUACCACUGGACCCGCGCGAGCAGCCGAUCCUGGACAAACUGCUCUCCAUUCGAACGGACCUCGAGCUCCUGAAGGGUGACAGGUCGACCUAUGUCAAGUCGGAGGAUGUAGUAGCCUUGUACAAUCAACUCAUCGAGCAAGUGGCCGUACUCAACGAGCUUCGGACGAACAGGCGCAAUGAGCAGAACAGAGUCGAUACGGUUUUGGAUGAUUGCUUCCAACUCAUCUCGCUAUCAUUCUUGACAAUAGGCAAAAAUCACGAAGCGCCUGCUGUAUAUUCCGCCAUAUCAACGAUAAAACGUCUACUCGAGCAUCUCAAAGAAGCGGCCUUCUUCUCUCCGAAAGAUUUGGAGUCUAUCAGCACCAGUCUACAGAAAUCCCGAGAUUACUGUGAAAGGGGCAGAGAAAGCUACAGUCCAAACUUCUUGACUCUUCUGGAAGCCCGAAUUCAAGUCUGUCAAGACAUUCUAUCAGAGCUAGAGCUAUCCCUAUCUCACCUGACUCCGGAACUCCGCCCGAAGUAUGACAAGCUGGUUUCCAUUCUCCGUUCCCUGUCUGCUUGUAACACCAGAUCAAAGUUCCCUACCGCAGAAGUUGAAGAUUUCCGCCAACAGCUCGUGGAGCUUCAGGAAAGCUUCGCUGCAGAAGGAGUCGUUCUGCUCGAGACCGAGGGCACGAUAGAUGAGCAGUUAGCGGAGAUGGCGCGGAAACUAAAACUGUCCCUCGAACAUCCUGAGCCUGCUCCGGAUGCUAAGAAUCUCAUUGCGACUUUGCUCUCAAGAUGCUUCCUUUGGAUCGAACUUAUCAAACAGAAGCAGGGAAAGAUCGAUGAGAGAUUCCAAGAGACCUACGACAAGUUGCUGGAAAUUCGCAACAAACUGGAAAAGCUAUCUCUCACUCAAGCAUGGUCGCUGAGGGAGACGGACCUUUACAGCUAUCAGCGACAACUUGACCGAAUAGAUGAGGCUCGUGUCAAUGGAAACUUCCUGGAUGCUUCGAAUGUGCCGGCGGAUCUACAUGCUCAACGAACUCUUCUAUAUCUCCUACGGAAGAGCUACGCCAUCAUUUACCAUCUCAUCAUCUCAUCCGAACCAGUCUCCGAGGCCCUUCUGCCAAUCUACAAUCAACUGAAUACGCUGAAACGAUGUUUGGUAGAAGUGAAGAAAUCCGGAGGCAUCGACUCCCCACGGGAGCUUUACCCUUACAGCAUGAAGCUAAAUUCGAUUGACAACAUGAGAGUAGACGGCAAGUUCAUGGUUGGUUCAGACAUACCUGACGGACAGGGAAGCGUUACCCAGCUGCUGGAAGAUUGUUUUGAGCUUCUUUACGAACUCCGCACGGAAGCGGAGGAGAACCAAUCCGAUAGCGAAGAUGACCUUGUGGCAAAGACUGAAGUUGCUGCAACUUAGUGCAAACUGAAGCUGCAAUGGAUGUGCUGCUAGGAUAGUAAAUGGUGUGGUCGGUUUCACUUUGCUAAAUCGGCGUUGGCGGCACCUUUGAUUCAGCAUAGAUUUCAUUACGUGUCUCCGGCUAGGGUCAAAUUCGGGAGGCGUAAUUCCUGGUGCGGAAGUAGGGAGUGUCUCAGGCUCGUGUGAUUUGUAGCGAUAGGUCAGGUGUAAUCACUACGCAAGCUGUAUUCUAUUCAACUGUUCUAGUCCGUCUUCUUCGUCGUGAACGUAGGCUCCACUAUCUGCGUCCUUGAAAGUCAAUCGAGGCCCGUAGCUGAUGC